AUGACCGAAAAGCUGCCUCCGAUAUAUAACUUUCCGCCGUUAUAUACGUGCCAGCCCAAUGUGCUAAUCCGAGAGCAGCAGCUGAGCACCUGGUGUGACCUCAUAUUGGAUUUUGCCAAAACGAACAACGCCUGGUGUAUGAGCCAGGAAGGGACAGUAAUCAAAGACUCAGAAUCUUCUGGCCAGAGCAUAUUUCGCAAUGAGUCAAUACAACGGUCUAUUUCGGUUCCGUUUAGAGAUCAAAUCUGGAAUAAGAUGGUUCAGUCCGAGAAGGCCAUCAAGUCCAACAACGGGGUUUUCUUCAUCCUGUGGAGAAGCGUGGACUACUGGAGCUCCCAAAUCUUGCAGUGGUUUGAGACUACUGGAAAGGUGAAUCAGGUCGUGACAGUGUACGAGCUCUUAGAAGGCGAUGAGACUCUAGGCUGGGAAUUUCAUGGCAUGCACCCAUCCUUAUGCGAAGAGAGUUUACAGAAGCUGCGUGACAGGGGCAGAGCGACGCUGCUGAAGGAGCAGAAUAAGAUCAUGGGUGUCAAGGUUGUGUGA